AACUGUCAACAAAGGAUAACAUCUUUUUUUUAACUGUUUUGAUUUCGUAGCGACCGCACCGCAUGGUAUUUUUUAAUUCCCUUUAUAAAUAAACUUUGUGAUGUCCAACUUGCUGGAAGUAUUAAUUACGUGUGACUCAAACAAUACGUUAUGGACGAGCAGUAUUUGGGAUCCCCAUAACGGUACAAACUUGAUCACUUACAAAGGCGGUGGGACAGCUGAAAAUCGUACAGCUUGCUUCAUAGGCAGUGAUUAUUUAGCUGCGGUAGAAAAAACAAAGCCUAUUUUACACAUAUGGCCACUAAAUUCCCAGCAGACUGUGCAAGGAAUGCGUUUCAUACUGCCCGGAAAAGCGACUGCAUUCGCGGUGACACCGGACGGUUCGUACUGCAUAGCAGGCAUCGAUGAGAAGAUUUAUCUAUGGCAGAUCGCGUCGGGCAAUUUACUAACUAUAAUAAACCGGCAUUACCAAAAAGUUAACCUGUUAAAGUUUACAAGCGAUGGACGGUUCUUUGUAUCUGCGGCUGAAGAUGGUAUGGUAAUGGUGUGGUCGUUGGUCACUGUGGCAGCUAACCCUGAAGUGGAACUGGUAACUCAGACAGUUGCAGGGCAACACAACCCUGUCUACAUAUUCUCUGAUCAUUUCUUACCAGUUACGGACAUGUGCAUAAGUAAAACCGGAAUACACGGACGGUUAUUCACAGUAUCCAGUGAUAGAACAUGUAAAAUUUACGACUUAACAUCUGGGGAAAUGCUCCUAAACUUAGUAUUUGAUGAGCCACUGUCAGCGAUUGUUCUGGAUGUGUUGGAAUUAAAUGCUUUUGUAGGUUCGACUGAAGGGAGAAUUGUUCAGUUCAGUCUGACCAAUCCACCUCGAGGAAGAGAUAUACUUGUUAAUGAUGAUAAAAAUAUUGUAUUUUCUGCACACACAAAAGCAGUCUCUUGUUUAUCUGUAUCCCUAAAUGGAGAGCUACUUAUGUCAGGCGGUAAUGAUGAACAGGUUAUAUUAUGGCAUAUAAGGAGCCAGCAACCAAUUAGAGUGAUAAAGCAUAAAGGACCCAUAACAAAUGCCUUUUUCACACUAAACCAUAGGGCAAUUUUCAAACAAGACUUCACUCCUAGCAUCAUACUACAUAACUUAGAGAGAACUUUGGAAAAUAAUAGUGAUGAAAUUGUAGAAAUAGAAGUUCUUGUAAAUAAGAAAAAUAAUUUCUGGCCUCAAUACAUUAGUAACAUUGAUAAUCAGGCUGCAGAAAUAGAUUUGGACACCAAACAUAGAGAGGCGAUGCUUAAAGAUGAACUAGAAAAGAUGAAAAGAAUCAAUUCUAACUUAUACGCUGUAGCGAUUGAAAAAGCAUUGAAAUCUGAAGAUUCUCCUAAAAAGAAAAUUAAAAAUAAGACUCAAUAAACCUCUUACUUAAUUACAA